AUGGACGGACAUAAAAUUAAAACGAAAUCCAAAUUCAAAGUACGCCGUCAAAAACAGAAAUUAUUUCGUGCCAAUGAUCCACUACUUUCUGUACUUAUGUGGGGUGUGAAUUUCACAAUUCAUGAAUUAGAGAAUGUCAAUAUACCAGUUAUGUUACUACCAGAACAUUUUAAAGCCUAUGUUAAAAUUCGUAUAGACAAUCAAAACUUCAACAAAGAAGUGAUGCCAAGCCAUUUUAAAGUCAAAGAAUAUUGCCCACUUGUAUUCCGAGCUUUUCGAGAGUAUUGGAAAGUACAUGACAGCAGUUUUCGAGAUUCACUUACAGAACCACCAAUACCUUUGAAUGAAUCAGCGAAAUCAAAUAUUAACUAUUAUCAAUCAUGUGAUCGUCGUUUUAUUCUUAAAUCAAUUUCAAAAGAAGAUGUCGAACAAAUUCAUAAUAUUCUACCAGAAUAUCAUAGGUACAUCGUCGAAAGUCAAGGUGAUACAUUACUGCCUCAUUAUUAUGCUAUGUACAGAUUGACAGUUGAUGAUAAAGAAAACUACAUAUUAGUUAUGCGUAACAUAUUUUCAAGUAGAUUAAAAAUUCAUUUUAAAUACGAUGUCAAAGGUUCAACUGUUGAUCGAAGUGCAUCGGACAAAGAAAAAUUACAUCCAUGUCCAACUUUGAAAGAUAAUGAUUUCCUUGAAAACAAAUGUAUCAUCGAUUUAGGUCUUGACCAAAAAAGGGCUUUUAUGAAAAGACUUGAACGAGAUGUUCAGUUUCUUGUAGAUCAACAUAAAAUGGAUUAUUCAUUAUUAAUUGGUAUCCAUGAUCUUGAUCAAGGCGGAAUGGAACGAGAAAAACGGGCAUCAAUCGUUGAUAUGAAUACAUCUGAUUUAUCUGGUAACGAUUCAUCCGAUGGAUCAGAAAGUCCAACACAAAUGUGUGAUGAUAAUUCUUUUGACGAACCAUUUCGCAUGCGAAGUUCAGAAUCAUCAACACGACGAGAACUAUAUAGUCUUGGCAUCAUCGAUAUUUUAACAAAUUAUGGAAUGAAAAAGAAGAGUGCACAUGUAGCAAAAACAAAAUUAUCCGGUUCUGAUGCUGAUGGAAUAUCAACUGUUCGACCAGAAAUAUAUGCACGACGUUUUCUAGACUUUAUCGAUAAACAUUGCAUCUAA